AUGUCCCAUGAAGGAUACUUUACCUCCUCGCGAGAUGAUGCACCGCCGCCAGCACCGCAUGAUGCCACCUCGGGCUUAUUCGAUUCUACUAACGCACCCUUCAUGAAUGGUAUAAAUGGUCUCUUGUCACGCACUCCAGUGUCACAUUUGCAAGACGAUGAGGACCAGUCAAUGAGUAGCUCUGCGCUUAACUUGUCGCAGUCCUCGGUCCUUGACAUUGUCAAGGAAGGCAAACAAGUUAUCGCUGCUUUUCUCCGCGAGACGCAGUGUUAUGACGUAAUUAAAAACAGUGGCAAAGUUGUGGUAUUUGAUGUUAAAAUUCCUAUUAACCUCGCUUUUUUUGCGCUGGUUGAGCACGACAUCAAGUCUGUGCCCGUUUGGGAUGCCGAGCAGGGAAAGUUUGUAGGGAUGUUCACAGCAACCGAUUUUGUCAACAUUUUGCGGCAUUUUUACAUUCGUGGAUCUCCAAUGAAUGAGUUAGCAGAACACAGCAUUGCAUCAUGGCGAGCAAUCCCGCGGUCUUUGUCAAUGGCCCCAACACGUGAGGAAAUGCUGUCUGUCACACCCGAGCACAAUCUCUACGAAGUGUGUAUGACACUUCGCGACAACAGGCUUCAUCGACUUCCCGUAGUAGAUCCGACUCAAAACUCGGUCUUGUCUGUCAUCACGCACAGCGGGAUUUUAGAAUACCUGGUUGCUACCUUUCGUGAGCAGCGUAGAUUGUUUGAUCAGCCAAUUUUCGACCUCGGCAUUGGUGUCUACAGCGGUUUUGUGACGGUCCCUGAAGAUAUGCCACUCAUCCGUGUACUUCACACAUUGAUCGAACGGAAGGUAUCUGCAGUGCCAAUUGUGGAUCCAAGUGGUGUUGUUGUGAAUAUUUAUUGUGUAUCGAAUGUCACCGAAUUGGUGAAGGACCGGUCGAUUACCCAGUUGGAUAUGCCUGUGGGAGAAAUUCUUCGAAUCCAAGCCGCUGAGGGCAAUGUCGGUGAGAGCUUGCAUUUGUGCUACAAGACAGACACUUUGCACAUGAUUUUCGAGCGGUUUGCAGCAUGCAAAGCCCACCGCUUUGUUUGUGUUGACGAGUAUUCGCGCUGCGUCGGUAUUGUAUCACUAAGUGAUUUGUUUAACUAUUUUCUCGACUAG